AUGUUCGAGUUCACCGUCAUGCCCUUCGGGGUGACCAAUAGACCGGGAACAUUCCAACGUUACAUCGACGAAGCUAUGCAACCCCACGAGGCGUACACAAGCUGGUACAUCGAUAACAUCCUUGUCUUCGCUAACACCGAGGAACAGCACGACCAGCGUGUCGCAGCUAUCAAAGAAACGCUGGACGAAUUCCAAAUUAAGAUCAACUACAAGAAAGCCGUCUACAAGGCCCAGAGCAUCAAGUUCCUAGGCAUAAUCAUCCAUCCGGACAGAGUGGAAGCGGACCCCGACACCGUGGCCAUCAAAGAUUAG